AUGGCAGCGGCACGGGAGCCCAGGCUGCUAACAGUGGCAGCAGCCCAGCUUGGCCCAGUAACCAGCUUGGACACACCGCGUGAGGAAGUGCUGAGGCGGAUGACCAAGCUCCUGGACGAGGCUGCAGAAAAGAAGGUCAGACUGGUCGUGUUCCCGGAGCUCGCCUUUACCACUUUCUUUCCGGGCUAUGUCAUAAACGACAGCGAGGAACUCGCUUCGUUCUUCGAGCCUGCAUCGCCCUCAGACCCGUAUGCGAUCGUCAGGUCCCCCAACGCUAAACCACUCGUCGACAAAGCAGACGAGCUUGGCAUCGACAUCUCGUUCGGCUACGGAGAGAGGUGGACUGCCGAGGGCGGCAAGGUGACCGAUUACAAUACCGCAAUCUACUACUCUGCCGCCCGGAAACGAUGCAUCGCCAAGUACCGGAAGAUCCAUCUGCCGGGGCGAUACGAACCGGACACGCGCCCAGGGGUCACGCAGCAGCUUGAGAAGCGCUACUUCACGCCUGGAGAUCUCGGCUUCCAGGCAUUCCGCGUACCCGGACUGGUGCAGGGAGCGUUGAAGUCUGGUCAUGUCCAAGGCCUGCCCGACCCCAAGGAUGCCGAGGGCAGGGGCGAUCCCAUACUGGGCAUGCUGAUCUGCAACGACCGCCGAUGGGCCGAGGGGUGGAGAUGCUAUGGCUUGCAGGGCAUCGAGCUUCUCUUGGAAGGAUACAACACGACAGCCUUCGCGCCUCAGUACGAGGGGUCAAACGAGGAGCAGGAACAGGAAGCCUUGUUCCACCACCGUCUGUCCUGCCAAGCGGGAAGCUACCAGAACGCUUGCUACAGCGUGCACGCGGGCAAGGCCGGCACUGAAGACCACGGGUCGCUGAUUGCCGGCUCCUCCAUCGUCGACCCCAACGGACACGUCAUCGCCGAGUCCAAGACCAAGGGCGACGAGCUCGUCUUUGCUACCCUCGACCUCAGCAAGUGCCUGAAAGGCAAGGAGAGGGUGUUUGCGUUUGAGAAGCAUCGGAGGGUCGAGCAUUACUCGCGUCUGAUAGAUCAAGUUGGCACGGAGGAGCCAGCGCUGCUGAGCGAGUAG